AUGAUGAUGGGUAGCGCAAAAAAGUCUGGUAAGCCUGAUAGUAUGCAAGAAGUUUCAUCAUCUGCGGCACAGAUCGCGGGUUCUUCGGAUUCACCACUACCCAAACCUGCUUCAUCCGGAACCACCCAGUCAACAGCACCAUCAGCAAAACCACCAUCGAUGGAAUCGUGGCCACCGUCUUUAAAGGAAUAUGUAGAAGAGGUAUUCAACAAUUGCUUACCUGAAAGACGCGAUGAAGCAGAGAACGACCUGAGAAAUUUGAUAUUGGAGAAGCAUCGAGAAGGAACAUUGAUGACGACUGAUUGGGCAAACUUGGAUUUACCUCUCGCAUGCGGCGCUGCGCGGUUCAGGAAACCAUCUUCUAAAAAGAAACAAGCGCAAAAGUACCAACCUAACGUCCCUAUUUCGUCUAGGAAAAGGAAAGAUCCGCACGGUACUCAGGCAGUAUAUGGAGACGACGAAAAGCGUCAAAGUAGGCUGAAAAGAUUUCAACGUGAAGAGACUCCCCGCACGCAUGUCGCACAUAGUUUGCAACAUUUGGAUAUAAAUCGACAUGAUUCUAUUGUGGGCACGUCUUCUUCUUUAGAGAAGAAUUACUUCCGGUUAACCUCAGCUCCAGAUCCGGCCACUGUACGACCGCCAAAAGUACUCAAGAAGACAUUGGAGUUACUAAAGAAGAAGUGGCGGGAUGAGCAAAACUACACAUAUAUAUGCGACCAAUUUAAGUCAAUGCGACAGGAUCUCACAGUACAACGCAUACGUGACGAUUUCACGGUAACCGUCUAUGAAAUUCACGCACGUAUUGCUCUAGAAAAGGGUGAUCUUGGCGAAUACAACCAAUGCCAAUCUCAGUUAAAGCAGCUGUACGCCAUGGGUAUUCAAGGCAAUGUCAUGGAGUUUACAGCGUAUCGAAUCCUAUACUACUUGCACACCCAAAACUGGUCUGACAUCAACUCCAUCAUGUUUGAGCUGACACCUGAUCAAAAGCAUAAUGAUUUAGUAAAGCAUGCGUUACAAGUACGUUCUGCUUUAUCUACGUCCAACUACCAUCGCUUUUUCAAACUGUAUAUGUCUGCUCCACAAAUGGGUGGUUACUUGAUGGACCAGUUUGUGGAACGGGAGCGAGUACGGUCUAUGUUGCUCUUGUGCAAAGCAUACCGGCCUACAAUACCUCUUGUCUUCCUUAAAAACGAGCUUGCUUUUGAAAAUGACGAGGACGUAACAAAGUUCCUUAAAAGUCAUCAUGCAUGCAUCCUGUCACACGAUGGAGAAGCCCUGGAUACGAAGAGUGCAUCUCUGAAGUUUGCAGAAGGCAUCAAGCAGUUUUCGAAAAUCGAUAUUAAGGGCCAAGUGUAA